UGCAGUUCGCCCACUCUUACUGGCUGCUUGUUCCUAACCUUGGAGCUCUUCAGCUCGCUACUGCUUCUUGUUCCCUUUCUCUCACCACUACAGAAUGGGGCCAGCUCCGCGCAUCCUGGAACUGUUCUACGACGUGCUGUCCCCCUACUCCUGGCUGGGAUUUGAGGUCCUAUGCAGAUACCAACACCUCUGGAAUAUCAAGCUGCAGUUGCAGCCUGCUUUAAUCUCUGGAAUCAUGAAAGACAGCGGAAACCAGCCACCAGCUAUGGUUCCCCGCAAAGGCCAGUAUAUGUUCAAAGAAAUUCCUCUCCUGAAGCAGUUCUUCCAGGUUCCCAUCAACAUACCCAAGAAUUUCUUUGGUGAGAGUGUUAAGAAAGGAAGUGUAAAUGCCAUGCGCUUCCUCACCGCUGUGAGCAUGGAGCAACCAGAGAUGCUGGAGAAGGUGUCCAGAGAGCUAUGGAUGCGUGUUUGGUCUCGAGAUGAAGAUAUCACGGAGUCCCAGAACAUUCUGGCUGCAGCAGAGAAGGCCGGAAUGUCCACAGCACAAGCCCAACACUUUCUGGAGAAAAUCCCCACAGAACCAGUGAAGAACAAGCUCAGGGAGACCACUGAGGCAGCCUGCAAAUACGGGGCCUUUGGGCUGCCCACCACUGUGGCCCACGUGGAUGGUAAAACCUACAUGUUAUUUGGGUCUGACCGCAUGGAGUUGCUAGCUUACCUGCUAGGAGAGAAGUGGAUGGGCCCUGUGCCUCCAACCCUGAAUGCCAGACUUUAAGAUUGCCUUAGAAAGUAACCUUUGAUUUCUCUAUCUGAUGAAGCCAUUUUCUGUGGCCCUGGGAGCUGGAGCAGGAGUCCACCUUUAGCUGUGGCUGCCUCUACUUCUGUGCCUCACAAGUGCCUUUUGAAAAGCCUUAAGUUCUGCAUUCCCAUAAAAUAAACCUCAUGCUACCAGACAAAA